AUGUCCUCUCCAUCCAGUCGUGGUGCGGCAGUGAUGACCGAGCUAGUGUUCAACGGUAUUCGGAAUUCCACUGUCCAACCGCAGCGAGAAGUCCACCAAGUCCUCGCCCAGCCCGAGGAUAAUGGCGCAACGGCUGACUCCCCACGCGUACGUGAGAAAGCCCAACUCAUCAUCAACGGCGCGCGGCACGAAGCUGGACUAAAGGGCAGCUGGCUGGACCUCUUCGGCAACAACAAGCUCCAGAUUCCCCGGCGCAUCAUCCUCGGCGCCCUGCCCCAAUUCCUGCAACAGUUCACGGGCAUCAACGCGGUCGUCUACUUCGGCCCAACCAUCUUCUCCAACUCCGUAUUUGUACGGGUUUGUGCCGGAGACUGGGGGCGCGACGCUGGAGGAGGUUGA